AUGGAUCGAGAUUCACUGGAUUUGAAUGUGCUAUCGAAGAGCUUCGUCAAGAAUUGUGUACUUAUCUCUCAUGCGGGUGUGGACCAAUCGUUUUCAGUGUAUCAGCAUGCGCUGAUCUCCUAUUUUUCCCGAAAUUCGCUGGUUUGGAAAAUAAACAAUAAACUAUUCCCGCAUCGACUAGUUUUCCCGCUGAAAUUCGUCCCCUACGAAGACAAAUUGUGCUUUGGACCGCAAAUUUCGCCGACGGAAAUCACGAAAAUCGCAUUUUUGCACAUUUUCAAUAUCAAUGUCACUUCGGCCGAUGAUUAUCGACAAAAUGUGCGGCAUAAUGUGUCGGAUUGGUUUGCAAAACUAAACUCGAAAUCGGACGUUCAAUGGAUCAUCGUGAUCAACACGAAUCGAGCGAAAGAUCGGAAGACGAAACAAUCGAUAAUGGAGAAGAUCAAAACGGAUUUUGCGAAAUUCACGAAUCGCCUCUUCGAACUACCGGAUACCAGCGAUCAGACGGCGUUUCAAUCAUUCGUUCAGGGCAUUCAAUCGUUCUUGUUUCAACAUUUAACACUGGUUAUGGACAUUUGGGAUAAGGCAUUGAAGUCGCAGUAUGAGAAGAAGAAACAGCACUCGUGGGAUGUUUUUAGCUAUUUUCAGAGUAUGACAGAAUACGGUCGCCUCUUCUGGAGUUUCGGCGCCGUCGAAUACUCCAUGUCGAUAUUCGACGAUAUGGAAAAACUGCUCCACGACUUCGUCGUCCGCUCCGGCGAUUCAGAAUCUCCGAGAUGGUUGGCACAGCUUCUAAACACUAAAAUCGACGAUCGCCCCUCUUUAAUCUCGAAUUUCCAAGUUCAACGAAUCGAAAAACGGGCGGCACACUAUCUAGGAAUGAGAAACUAUCUAUUCAGUCAGCAGAUCAUCAUGUCCAUCCAUUUGUAUCAACAAAAAAUGAAAUCGAAUAUGCGGCGCCGAGUUUACGAUCGGAUUAACAAGCGAGACAUUCCAAAAACGUGCUGUUGGACAUGGUGGACCGUCUCGGAAUCCCUCCAAAUCUGUCAACUCCUCUGUGAUGUGUCUCAUCUGAAUGUGGCUCCUGUCAUCCUUGCACGCCUUCAUUUGGCUCGUUUUGAUGCUCUUUUGAGUUUGGCGAAGCUGCUGAAAUUGAAUCCAGAAGACAAAUCGGGAUUGACAGAGUGGCUUCAGAUCAAACCCCUAACUCUGGAAUCUCGAAUUCUGAAUUCCGCGGUCGGCUCAAUGGACCAAAUGUGUGUGGAAAUGGAAAAAGUACACGAUAUCUGUAUAAAUGCACUGGCUCAUGCGGAUAGACAACGAUUUGUGCUGAAUGUCACUCACCAAAUCCUUUCUUCCAGAUCCAUCAACUCAAAAUGUCCCAUUUCGAAACUGUCCAUUUCGAAACCGAUCCUCCAAACGAUGCCGAUCCAACCAUCAACUGCUCAAAUGCUCAAAUCUCUGUGCUCGGAAAUUCUAGAAGAAUCUAAGAAUUCAGAUGACAUUCUGAAUUUGUUGUUUUUCAUUUCUCAGUGUGAAAUGGACGAAAAAAUCAAUGAGAAAUUGAUGGAGAAAUUGAGGAAGAAGGCGGAGGACGAUGGACGACCAGUGGACCUCUCCACAAUCGCUAUAACCGACGACUCGAAUCACAUGUUUUCGAUAAUAAUCGAAAGUUUCGAAGCCGUCCAAACGACGGAUUCCAUCCUAGAGAUUCGAUCGAUAAUCGAUUCGAAAAUUGGAUUCUCCCUUGAUAAUGCAAAAAUCGAACUGCAUUUUUCAGGAGAUUCUGGUAGUUCGAUUGCUCAGCAAUCGAAUUUAUCGGUGUUGUCGUUGCAGCAUGAAAAAAAAGAGAACAUUUGCCGACUGGUUUCCGAGCUGAAACUCUCCAAAACGUCCCAAACAGCUGAAAAUUCCACUAAAAAUCUUCAAAUUUCCACAAUUUCUCCGAUUUUAAAACCGGGAAAAAAUGAGAUUCUCUUCCGAACAGAUAUCACAAAAAUUGGAUGUUUUAUUCUGGAAAAAGUGCGAAUUUCAAGGGAUUUUCUGGAAUUUUCCACGUCGAAUGUGGUUACGAGGCGACCAGCAGCACUGUACUGCAUUGCGACACCACACUCGGUUACUGUAGCAAAUGAUGGGCAGCAUUUCUACGCUGGAGUAAUGCAAGAAUUGGAAAUCGACGUCGAGGCGAAAUGUGAAAUUCCCAAAGAGACGCAUCUGGAAAUCGAACCAUCCACCCCGAAUUUCCAGUUUUUGGAUGAUUCUCAAGAAUGGAAAAAUUCAAUGAAAAUGGCACUUUUGCCUUUCGAAUCGAUGGAAAAACGGAGGUUUCGAGUGAGAAUUUGGCUGAAAAUCGAUUCGACGAUUUGCGAGUCGGCGGCGGUGCAGAAGAGAGCGUUAGCGCCGAUAUAUGAUGAAAAUGGCAUAGAGAGACUGAUAAGAACAAAUUAUCACUGA